AUAAUUUGUAAUCAAAGUUGAACUACAAUGCUUCUUUAACUUUUUCUGUAGUAAUUUUCAUUAGUUCAAAAAUUCACUUUCUGUUGCGGUGGUGGUAUCUAAACAUUUUGUUUCCAAUUUUAGUGGCUUGUGUGUCACAUAUACUUGUUCUAUAAACAAAUAUUUUAUUUAAAAUAACGAGGGUAAUUUGAGUUGCAGAGUUUGGAUCCAAAGGGAUUAUCUCUACAAAGGGAGAUGUAUACAGUUUUGGGAUAAUGCUGAUGGAAACAUUCACAAGAAAGAAGCCAACAGAUGACUUGUUUGUUGCAGGAUUAAGCAUGAAAGGUUGGAUUAGUGAAUCAUUGUCACGUGCAAUUGAUCGAGUUGUGGAUUCCAACUUGUUACAAGAUGAAGGUCACCACCAUGUUGAUGACAUAAUAGCAUCUACAUCAUCUAUCUUGAAACUGGCCUUGAAUUGUUGUGAGGAUUUACCUGAAGAACGAAUGAACAUGACAGAUAUUGCUGCAUCACUGAACAAAGUUAAGGCCAAGUUUCUUAAAGCUAGUGACAAGGAUGUUGUUCGGUUUUGUAGAAAAUGAACCACUUUGUAAUAUGUUUAAAUGUUUAGUACAUUCCCUUUCUUUGCAUUUUAAUUUUGGCCUCAGUAGAGUCUAUAUUUUUCUACAUUAGGAACAUAAGAUGUUGCAAUAAACAUUAUCAAAAGAGAGUCAGCAAAUAUAACUACAAAACAUUUACAGUUAUUAAGCUAUGGGUGAUUCAGGAUUGAUAUAUAAAGAUUAAAGAAUAUAAAGGAUGAUCAUGGCCAUUUGCUAAUUGAUAAUAUAUCAGUUGUAAGAAACAUUCAUUGUGUCA